CGCAUGCGCGAGCAGGCAGCUGCUUGAGUGUUUCCGCUCUCCUAAAAUAAAGAGCCGAGGACGAGGAAGCAGAUCGCGGCACCGAGGAACAACAACACACUCGACCAAAACGGAUCUACCCGGCCUUUAAUCUCGCUUCUCUCCACCUCCGACUCUCUCCGUGUUCCCCCACAUUGGCGUUCAUGGCUCGAGUGUGAGCCGCCGCCGCCGCUGCUGCUCACCUUUACGUUGGUUAAGCCGUAAAGGACUCCCUGGUUGCCGGAGGAAAAGAUGUGCAAUGGAAUGGUAGCUGUCGAGACGAGAGCCCUGUCCUCCUUGGCCUGCUCUGGAUCCCACAGGCUGGCUGCCUCCCUGCUCCUCCUGCUCUUUUCCCUCCUCCCUCAUGGUCACGCUUCAGGGUGUGCACGACCUUCUGGCGUGCAGCACGGGGUCCUGCGGAACACCACCGAGGCCAACAGAGGCUCCUUUCCUCCGGGGACCCUGCUGUCGUACGGCUGUGAGCCCGGCUACAUCGCUGAUGGACCCACAAGCGUUAUAUGCACCAGCACUGGCACCUGGUCUGCUGACCCGCCGCGCUGCGUCAGAAGCAAUGUCUGUCCGCCUCCGACCGAGCCAGAGAACGGCGGCUACCGCUGCCACCCCUCCCACUGCCUGCGCCUCGCACACAAGACUGUCAUUGAGUACUUCUGCGACGAAGGCUACACGCUGAAGGGCGACUACAAGUUCCUCACCUGCCAGAACGGAGAGUGGGACGGCCCCAUGCAGAUCAGCUGCCGACUCGCUCAAGACAAGGAGCCAAGCUCACCGCAAGGAAUCCCUGCUGUGUCCAUCGUGGUGUCCACCACCAGCUCGGUGAUUCUAAUUCUGCUUCUAAUCGUCCUCUUCGUCCUUGUACAGCCCAAGCUCAAGUCCUUCCACCACAGCAGGAGAGAACAAGGGGUCUCUGGGCAGUCGGGCUCCAUCAUGGUUGAGGGGGUCCAGGUGACGCUCCCCUCCUACGAGGAGGCCGUGUACGGAAGCGGUGGACCGUGCGAAGCCUCGGGUCCUCCAUCCCCUCCUCCACCACCUCCUCAGGCCCCUCCAGAAUCCCGAGUGCCCAUCGUCCUCUCAGAGGGACUCCCUCAAGGGGCCACAGGCGGUGUGGGCCCCAGCAGAACCCGCCACCACAGAGACUAUGACUUCUGCCUCCCUUCCACCUCCUCCUCGUCCUCGUCCUCACCCCGCCGCCACGCAGAGACAGUGCUUGUUCACCAGGCCCCCUGUUUUUCCUCCUCAUCGUGGGCCAGAGAGCACCCUGGCGGCGCCUGUGCAGCCCCGCUACCGCUCCGCAGAGACUCUGAGAGCAGUGACCAACACAGUCUUCUCUCCGUCACCUCUAUGGAUGAGUUUUCUGAUGAUAUUCCCCUGCUGAAGGAAGCAUGAAGCCUGCCAGCCGGCCAUCAGCAGCAGAGCAUCCACCCCACCCCAGCUCACCUCACCCCGUCCCUGUCUCUCACUGCUGACCGGGACUGUCCGUGGCUGUCACUUCCACCCCCCCACCCCGCACUCUGCCAGCAGCCAGCAGGGGAUGAGACUAGACUCCUAUACCUCCUCAAAGCCAUCGGCAAGCAAUGACAGACAACUGGGUGCCUGCUCAGUAAUCGUCUUCUGUACGAGUGAGAAAGUUGUGAACCACCAUCAAACGCUGGCCGCCUCCCCAUCAACACCGAGGCUUCGUGAAGAGAAGGCCGGCAACAGAGACGACUUUGUCUGGGAUUACUGUGAAUACACAAAACACACGUUUGCUCCUGGCGCUGAGGGCGUUUGGAAUCGUCUUCCUGCUGUACUUGAAAAGUUGUGAGUGGCGGCAGGGUUUUCUGGCCCGAUUUGUAAAUGCUGCAUGUUUGUUUUUCUUUCAAGCUUUUCUUUUUGUUCUUCGCUGUCUCAGCACGGACGGUCCGCUCUGUAUGAAGCAUGAAGUCUCCACCGACUCUUCAGCCAGCUUCUCUGUUGACACCGCAGGAGCCGCUAAUAUCACACACCGUGUCAGCGCCGCACCUACUCGUCAGGCUUUCGUCACGGCCGGAAUUAGAAGGUGCUGCACGUCCAGCCAGUGAUUCCCAGAGCGAGGCUAUUCUGGCUCCACUUGCACAUGCCGAGUGUUUAAACCACGGCUGACUCACACAAGCCAAAGUCGACAUGCGUUAUUUGGUAAAUAUUCUUCACGCUUUACACUUACGUCAUACGAGGCAACCAAACCCUUUCAACAAACUUGGCCACAAAAAUCUUUAACCAUAGGACCUGUUCAAGUGUUUUCGUCCGUUAUUCGUCAAGUCAAGAGUGUCAUCUGGAAAACUCUGUGUCUUAUUUAUUGUACCCAUAAGCAGAUGAGUGGACCCUUGCUCAGUCUUAAACACAGAAACGAAAAGAAAUCACCAACAAGACUAGCAUAUUUAUUCUGUUAAAAUAUUCUUGUCCCGUUGAGCGAGCUGUAAAAAUGUCUUAAAAUAACGACUCAGCUAGCUUAUUGCAACAGUGCUAACUAGACGUGAGUCGCUGUUGAUUUUGCAGUGUCAUUUAGCAAUACGAAAUGAAUAGCGCCGAUGCUAAUGCUGACUCUUCUGUGUUGUUUGUGUGGCCAUGCAAGGGGCCUCCAUUUUGGAUCGACUUUAACAAGUUAGCUUGAAUUGAAUUUACUUAAAAAGAGUAAAAAAUGCGACAACUGAUGGGUUACUAAUCCGAUAGCUAGUGUGCGUCUGUUGCAUUCCUUCCUCGUCCAGCUCCUGCCAGUUUGUUGAGCAGUCCGUUAUACCAUUUUACGGGCUGCACAUCUUGACAUGAGCCCGUUCGCUUCAUGCUAACAUGCCAUCGCCACUGUCCCGUUGACCCCGACUUGGCUGGCAAAGUCUCCCCACAAGACCUGCACCUACUUUCAUGUGAUCCCCAAAUGUGUGUUUGUGUGUGUUAUUGACACAACUGCAGCUGGUUGCAGUGAAAUAAUGAGCUCAGAUUGAAUCCCUUCAUUAGUCGUUUUUUUUUUUUUUUUUUUUUAAAUUGCCCCUUUGCUGGAUGAGCCGGUCACCGUUGUAACAGCGCGGCUGUAAUGGAUCCCGAAAAUGACUUUUCGAGAAAGGAAUGCUUUAUUUCACAUUUGUGUUGUUAAUGCAAACAGAUUGUUGCCUUAGAUUUGUACAUUCUUUUUCUGUCUUGUAUAUUCUGUAGCCUCCUCGCUGGUUGCUUUUCAAUAUGUUCAGUUUAUUCCCCAAAGGCCUUACUCCACAUUCUUUUUCUAUUCUAUGCAUAAACUUGUAUGUUUAUCGAUGAGUUUGUUGUGGACACGACUGAAAGAAUGUCCAUUAUCUCUGCUUUUCUUUCAGGCUACUAAUGAUGGACGUUUAAGCACCAGAAAUCUCUUCACUUUUAUUUUUCUAACUGGCAUUAAAGGUGGCUGAUGUUUGUGUUAGGAGCGCCGUUGUACGGCGUUGCUUCCCCAGGUUGAGAGAAAAAAAAAACUUGAGUUCAAUGCUUUCGGAUUUUCCUCUGUACAUGGCAGUGGGUGUGAAAAUAGUAAUUUAAUAUUUGUAUAAAGUUUUAAUUUAAUUUUACAGUGUGUAUAUAACUUUCUAAUUAAAGCUUUCUUUUGAAUGUGCAA